AUGCUACCUCUCAACCUCUUUACCGCGAUAGCGCUCCUCGCAACAGCAGUAACCGCUAUCCCUCUCCCAGCCCAGCAACAAACCACCUCAAUCCUCACCUUCCCACUACUCGACCGCUCAAUCCCUCCAACAUCCCCCUCCAUCACCGCCCUCCAAAAGCGCGCCGGAGGCGCAAACAGACAAGCCAUCUUCGACGCCCUCCACGCCCUCGGCACCAAAGUCCUGCCCGCCAAAUGGGUACCACCACACAGACAGUUGGUCCCCGGCGUGCACACUACGACUGUCGGCAAGAAACUCUCGUCUUUCAAGGCGACAAUCAAAUCGAAAUUGGGGAUGCCGGAGAGGGAGCCAGUCGUUGCACCGGGAUGGGGACCCUCUGUGAAGGGGAGUACGUCGAAUCCGCCGUCGCCGCCGCCGUUGAGGGUGCAAAUACCUAAGAAAUUUGAUUCGCCGCAGAAGGUUGAUUCGCCGCAGAGGGUUGAUUCGCCGCAGAAGGUUGACUCGCCGCAGAGGGUUGAUUCACCCAAGAAAAGUGAGAUUGAGGAGGUUCCGGUUAAGGCGAAGCCGGAAUAG